AUGGCCUCCAUCAGAGAACGAGCCGCAGCGCUGCAGCUCGCGGAGAAGCUGCGCGUGAGGCCUCCAGGUGUGCCGGUCCAUUCCUCUUCCUCGUCUUCUUCGUCCAUGUGGAACCUCCUGAUCUCCCACCUCAGAUCUUCGGUGACGGUGAAACGAAGACGAGUCCAUCUGAAAUCUCACAGCGACUGUUUUGUGGGAUCUGAAGCCGUGGACGUCCUGAUGGAUCACAUCGGCCACAUGAAGGGACUCCAAGGGUCAGACAUCUGUCGGGAUAAAGUGGUUUUAGUCUGUCAGUCUCUGCUCAACUGCAGCGUCUUCGAGUCGGUCGGAGCCAAAAUGUUUGGAAAAGACAAGAAGCAGGACGAGUUCCAGGACAGUAAGAACGCCCUGUACAGGUUUGUCGGCGUUGGGUUUCCUUCAGUUGAGGAGUUAGAAAAAGGUGUUCUGGUCGACGGGAUCCACAAACUGUUCAGCAGCGAUUCUUCACACAGGCAGGAAGAGCAGAAAAGCGAUCCUGGAGCAGCUUCUGGUCUGAUGGUGGAUCAGAUGGUGGAGAAUCUGAGUCCCAGCAGAGUUCAGAGCGACUCGGGCUUACCUCAGUCACGUAAGGCGUAUAAACACAAAACCUGCUCAGAAUCCUCCAAAUCAGUUUCACAUCCACUGCAGGAUGCAGCUGUUUCUUCUUCAGUGGUGGAUGAGGUCUGGCAGGAGCAGACUCUCCUGCGUCUCCUGACUCUGGUGGAUCUCCCCCUGCUGGACGGAGUCCUUCAUUGCAGCUCUUCGUCUCCGUCGUCCAACCGGCUGCUCCACAGUAACCCGGACCUGAUCUACAGCAGCAACCACCUGGACAGACGCAUCCUCAGGGCCUUCAGAGACGCUCAGGACGAUGAGUUUCUGCGUUCAGCUCUGGACUGUCUGGAUUUUCUUCCUGACCAGCCGGUGGUGGAGCUGAGCAGAGAGCUGCCUCAAUGUUUCCCUCCAGAAGAGGAAACCUCGGCUGGAAUCAACGUCCACGAUGGAGCUCCCAGCGGUGACGAUCAGGUUCGUCUGUCCCACGCUGGGUUGGUUCAGUGUAAACUUCUGCUGUAUGAGACUCUGGCUAAACACUACAGUAACACUAACAGACCUCCACUGCUGCCCGACAACAUGACGGACAUCUACAGCACCAUCAUCGACCUGCUGGUGAACGCUAAGUUGGGUAAAGCUCUGGAGGCUCUCCAGCUUUGUUUGAAGCUGCUGCCCAUCGGCUGCAGGGACGAACUCAGAAGACUUCUGGCGUUCAUGUCUCUGGCAGCCGAUCCUCAGGAGAUAAAGGUGGACAAAGAGAUGGAGAACAGAUUGGCCGUGAAGAAGUCUUUCUCCAGAGCGAUCCUCCACAGCAAAGCUUUCUCCAAGGAGAAGGAGGACCUCAUGGUGGUCUUCAUGCUCAGCAACAUCAACGAAAUCUUUAAGAUACCAGGAGCUCUGCACAAAGAAGUCAGCGACAAACUGGCCGUCCUGGUUCAGGGAAAACAGCCGGACGUAACGGGUUCUACGUUCUGUCUGCGAGUUUCCAGCAGGACUGAGGCCGAGUCGAUGAAGAAAACCACCAACCAGGAGCUCUGGGUACUCCUGAACAACAUCCACCUGGACACCAAGAUCUCAGCCAAGAAGAAGAAACGUCUCCUGAGACAGUUCAACCAGAGUCACCCUGAGAUCUUCAACCAGUACUUUGGAGAGUCUGCAGUCAGUCUGCUGUAG